AUGGACACGCCCACGACGAUCCCCGCGUCAGCAACGACAGACUACUACGACUACAUUGUCGUCGGUGGCGGCACUGCUGGCUGUGUGCUCGCGUCGAGGCUGACAACCUACCUCCCCCACCACCGCGUGCUGGUCAUUGAGGGCGGGCCGUCCGACUUCAACAUUGACGAGGUGCUCGACCUGCGCAAGUGGCUCACGCUGCUCGGCGGCGACCUCGACUACGACUACGGUACGACCGAGCAGCCCAUGGGUAACAGCCACAUCCGGCACUCGCGCGCCAAGGUGCUCGGCGGGUGCAGCUCGCACAACACGCUCAUCUCGUUCCGCCCGUUCAAGCGUGACAUGGACGGCUGGGUCGCAAAGGGCUGCAAGGGGUGGGACUUUGACACGGUCAUGCGCCUCAUCGACAAGCUCCGCAACACGGUCCAGGUCGUGCAUGAGAACCACCAGAACCAGCUCGUCAAGGACUGGGUGAGCUCGUGCUCGUCGGCGCUCGACAUCCCCGUCAUCAACGACUUCAACAAGACGAUCCGCAAAGACGGCAAGCUGCACGAGGGCGUCGGCUUCUUCUCGGUCUCCUACAACCCCGACGAUGGCAAGCGCUCUUCCGCGUCAGUGGCGUACAUCCACCCUAUUCUGCGCGGCGACGAAUCCCGCUCCAACCUCACGAUCCUCACCGAGGCAUGGGUGUCCAAGGUCAAUGUCGAGAACGGCGCCGCGACGGGCGUCAACGUGACCCUCAAGAACGGGCAGCGCAUCACCGUCAAGCCUCGGAAGGGAGGCGAGAUCAUCCUUGCCGCCGGCGCGGUCGACACGCCCCGCCUCAUGCUCCACUCGGGUCUGGGACCCCGCGGCCAGCUCCAGUCGCUCGGCAUUCCCGUGGUCGCCGACCUGGCAGGCGUCGGCGAGAACCUGCUCGACCACCCCGAGACCAUCAUCAUGUGGGAGCUCAACAAGCCCGUGCCGCAGGAUCAGACAACGAUGGACUCGGACGCGGGCGUCUUCCUGCGCCGCGAGGGCGCAGCCACCGACGUGGACGACGCAGCAGACAUCAUGAUGCACUGCUACCAGAUCCCCUUCACGCUCAACACUGAGCGCCUGGGCUACCGCACCAUCAAGGACCGGUAUGCCUUCUGCAUGACGCCCAACAUCCCGCGCCCGCGAUCGCGCGGACGGCUGUACCUCACCUCUGCGGACCCGUACGUCAAGCCCGCGCUCGACUUCCGCUACUUUACCGACCCGGAGGGGUACGACGCUGCGACGUUCGUGGCGGGCAUCAAGGCCGCGCGCAAGGUAGCCAAGCAGAGCCCGUUCAAGGAGUGGCUCAAGGAGGAGGUGGCCCCCGGCCCGGGCUGCACGACCGACGAGCAGAUCAGCGAGUACGCCCGCCGCGCCGCGCACACGGUGUAUCACCCCGCCGGCACGACCAAGAUGGGCGACACGGCCCGCGACCCGUACGCUGUCGUCGACCCCGAGCUCAAGGUCAAGGGCAUCAAGGGCCUGCGUAUCGCCGACGCGGGCGUCUUCCCCGACAUGGUGUCCAUCAACCCCAUGCUGACUGUGCUUGCUGUGGGCGAGAACGCCGCCGAGCUUAUUGCGAAGAGCAAGGGAUGGAAGGGCGACGCCGCUGCCAGGCUGUAA